ACGCCGAGGCUGCUGGCUGACUCCAGGCCGACCCCAGCUCCGGGCGCGCCCGGGCGCCCGCCCCGCACCCAGGCCUGUGCAUGCACCUGCCCCACCACAGCCAUGGCCGUGGUCAGCAUCAACCAGCUGCCAGAAACCAUCCUGAUGGAGCUGUUCACCCACGUGCCUGCCCGGGAGCUGCUGCGGAACUGCCGACCAGUCUGUCGCCUGUGGCGAGACCUCAUUGAUGUGGUGACCCUCUGGAAGCGCAAGAGCCUGCUCGAUGGCUUCAUCACAAAGGACUGGGACGAGCCCGUGGCUGACUGGAAGAUCUUCUACUUCCUCCGCAGCCUCAGCAGGAACCUCCUGCGCAACCCCUGCGCUGAAGAGAAUAUGGGAUUCUGGCGCAUUGACUCCAAUGAAGGUGACCACUGGAAGGUGGAGAGUCUCCCUGGAGAACACGGGACAAAUUUUCCUGACCCCAAAGUCAAGAAGUACUUUGUCACAUCCUACGGCAUGUGCCUCAAGUCCCAGCUGGUGGACCUCAAGGCCGAGGGCUACUGGGAGGAGCUGCUGGACACAUUCCGGCCUGACAUCGUCGUCAAGGACUGGUUUGCUGCCAGAGCAGACUGUGGCUGCACCUAUCACCUCCGAGUGCAGCUGGCCUCCGCUGACUACAUUGUCUUGGCCUCCUUCGAGCCACCACCCGUGAUCAUCCACCAAUGGAACGACGCCAAGUGGACAGAGGUCUCCUACACCUUCUCGGACUACCCUCCAGGCGUCCGCCACAUCCUGUUCCAGCAUGGAGGCAAGGACACCCAGCUUUGGGCCGGCUGGUACGGGCCCCGUGUCACCAACAGCAGCAUAGUCAUCAGCCAUAAGAUGACCACGAACUCGGGCUCGCCAACAACUCAGCCUAAAGACAAGGCAGGGGUGGGAGAAGGCUGCCCACUUGUCCUCUCCAGAAAUCCUUCCAUUAUCUGACUGGCCACCCAUCCAACCAUCUAUCCGUCCGUCCGUCCUCUGUCUGGGCCAGCCGAGGGCCAGAGGUCCCCUCCAGGCAAGACCUGAGCCUGUACUGGGUAGUGAGGCCCCUGUCCUGGGAGCUACUGCCCAGUUCCAGUGUUGGGCAGACCCACCAGUUUGUGCUGACUUAACUGUCAUAUUGUUUCAACAUUUUGUCACAAUAAAUGUUUACAUUAAAAUCAGCCUGGGGUUGGAUUUAGGGGUGGGGGCAGGAGGUGCCUGGCACUUUGGUGGAGAAGCAGCCCCUUCCCCAGGUUAAUCUGGCUGCACCAGUCCCUCCCACUCCAGUGAGUGACAGCCCAGCUCAGCCCUUGGAGCCCCUUUAUUGAAACAGUUCACAGCACAGUACUGGAGACAGUGUUGGCCAGCUGAACUGGAGGAAGCUGAGAAUUCAAGGUCCCAGCACCCUUCACUGUCCUCCCAGAGUCCACGAAGGUGAUCAGACUUGCACAGCCUUGGGCUGAGGGCGGCGGUCUACACGUAGAGGCAAUAAGAGCACUUGGAAUCAGGGGGCCUGCAGUGCUGCCCUAGGCUGGGGGCCCUCAAGUCCGACAGGUGUGGCAUCAGUGGAGGGCCAGGCGUAUCCUCAGCUGCUUUUGUGAGCUCGCUCUUCCACAUAGAGCUGCAUCU